GAGACAUGAUAUCAUGACACGUUCCAAGCUUGUCUUUCUGGCACUAACCUUGUUUAGGUCAUAAUGGUUUCCAUCCCUGAAUACUAUGAAGGAAAGAACGUCCUCCUGACAGGAGCUACAGGCUUUGUGGGAAAAGUGCUUCUGGAAAAGCUGCUCAGAUCUUGUCCUAAAGUGAAAGCAGUGUAUGUAUUGGUAAGACACAAAGCAGGGCAGACACCUGAAGCACGAGUAGAAGAAAUUACCAGCUGUAAGCUUUUUGACAGGUUGAGAGAUGAGCAGCCAGACUUCAGAGCAAAAAUAAUAGUCAUUACGAGCGAACUUACACAGCCUGAACUGGACCUUAGUGAAUCAAUCAAGGAAGAACUUAUAGAAUGCAUUAAUAUUAUAUUUCAUUGUGCUGCUACAGUCAGAUUCAAUGAAACACUAAGAGAUGCUGUUCAGUUAAAUGUGGCUGCCACACAACAGCUCCUCUUCUUGGCACAGCGAAUGAAGAAUCUGGAAGUGUUCACGCACGUUUCAACUGCCUUUGCAUAUUGCAAUCGAAAACAGAUUGAGGAAGUAGUUUAUCCACCUCCUGUUGAUCCCAGGAAACUGAUAGAUUCUCUUGAGUGGAUGGAUGAUGGCCUAGUGAAAGUUAUUACUCCUAAACUGAUAGGUGACAUACCUAAUACUUACAUAUAUACAAAAGCCUUAGCCGAAUAUGUGGUACAACAAGAAGGUGCAAAAUUAAACACAGCCAUUAUAAGGCCAUCUAUUGUUGGUGCUAGCUGGAAGGAGCCUUUUCCUGGAUGGAUUGAUAACUUCAAUGGACCUAGUGGUAUCUUCAUUGCUGCAGGAAAAGGAAUUCUUCGAACAAUGAGAGCUUCCAACAGUGCAGUAGCAGAUCUUGUUCCGGUAGACGUUGUUGUCAAUACGGCACUGGCUGCAGCCUGGUAUUCUGGAGUUAAUAGUCCAAGAAAUGUCAUGGUAUAUAACUGUACUACAGGUGGCACCAAUCCUUUCCACUGGGGUGAAGUUGAAUACCAUGUAAUUUCUACUUUCAAGAGGAAUCCUCUCGAACAGGCCUUCAGACGGCCCAAUGUAAAUCUAACUUCCAAUCACCUUUUAUAUCAGUACUGGAUUGCUGUAAGCCAUAAGGCCCCAGCAUUCCUGUAUGAUAUCUACCUCAGGAUUACUGGAAGAAGCCCAAGGAUGAUGAAAACAAUAACACGUCUUCAUAAGGCCAUGAUGUUAGUAGAAUACUUUACAAGCAAUUCUUGGAUCUGGAAUACUGAAAAUAUGACUAUGCUAAUGAACCAGCUAAACCCCCAAGACAAAAAGACGUUUAAUUUUGAUGUUCGACAACUACAUUGGGCAGAAUACAUGGAAAACUACUGUAUGGGAACAAAGAAAUAUGUGCUGAAUGAAGAAAUGUCUGGCAUCCCUGCAGCCAGGAAACACUUGAAUAAGUUAAGGAAUAUACGCUAUGGCUUCAAUACAAUUCUUGUGAUCCUGAUCUGGCGUAUCUUUAUUGCAAGAUCACAAAUGGCAAGAAAUAUCUGGUACUUUGUGGUUAGUCUGUGUUACAAGUUCCUCUCCUACUUCAGAGCCUCCAGUACUAUGAGAUACUGAAGAAGAGAAUUUAGCCUAAGGACAUCUAUGCAUAUGGUGGUCUAACUGCACAAAGCCUGUAACAUGUAGUCAUCUCACAUUUUGUAAAAGCAUAAUUUCAUCUUAAAUUGGAGCGCGAAAUAUACGGUAUGGUAUGUGUAAUGUUAAUUGUGUAUCUUCCUGGAAACAGAGGAAAAUAAAAUGGUCAAGUGCCAGGGUUGAAUUGGCAUUAGACAAACAUUUAAAUAACUUUAAGUCUUUCACCUGGGGAAAACCAUUUUAGACCACUGACCAACAUAACUGUGCAAUUUGGAACAUGUUUGAUUGAAAUCUGCCUUAACAUGAUUUUUUUCUUUUAAGUUUUAGUCCACAUUGAGCAAGAUAAAUAUUUGACUUAGUAGUUGCUAGUUGCUGUAGAUCUAUUUAUUUGAAAUUCUUCUAAAUUACAAAGGGUUUUACAAGUUGCAAAAGCAUAUAAAUGACGGUGGAUCUCCUGAAAAAAAUUAUUUGAGGACUUUUGUAAUUUGUCUUUACUUUUUGCCACUUCUUCCCUUCUCAAAGUAGGGAUGCAACAAUGGUGCCUACUUUGCUUUAAAAGAAAAAAGGAAGAAAAACCCACAAAACCAAAAAACCUUCCUUUUGUCCAAUCUAGUCUUCAGAAUGCACUUAGUGAUUCAGUUCUGUGCUCGAAACUGGCUGCAUCCAUCUUGCAUUUAUAUCAGCAUGAACAAUUUGCUUCUCUGAAAGCAGAAUUGAUCCUAUCAUUGAGUAGAUAAAGGAAAUGUAACCCUGAGGGGGCAAAAAUAAAGUCACUGACCGUCCUCUUUUUUUAAUGACUUCUAUUGAGAACACAGAUCCAGCACUUGAUUGUUACACUUCUGACUUCAAAAGGCAAAUGUAUUUGAAAGGAAUUUAUUAUGCUUAGUUGCUAUUUAUAUUACUGGUAAUAGUAUUUGGACAAACUAUAGGCUUUCAUUAAGAGAAAUACCUGUUUUUAAAUUCUAGGCGAUGUUAGCAAAUACUUCAUGAAUUAAUAGUUUUUUAAAUCUCUGAGCUGUGAAAUUUGAUGCAUGGACAAUGCCAAUCCAUAGCACACUUUCUCAUCCCUGCCCCUCAUUUCACUGUGCAAGCAGAGCGAGCUGCACCUUGCUUCAAAAUGAAAGUAUGUUGACAAUUCUUCUGUCUUUUAACCUUAAAUUGUUAAGUUUAAAUCUGA